UAUUAAUCCUACACCGUUACAGACCUUUUUUGUCUAGUGUAUGUGUUUAGGUUUAUAACACGCACAUUCUCGUGGUGGCCGAGAGUAUCACCGGUCACGAGUACAUUAAACUUCAGAUACGCUAAACCAACCACUUGUCAAGUGCAAGCUUUUGUGAUUGUGCGUUGCCAAUAUGGACAGGUAUAAUGCGCCAAGCGACUUGAUGUCGAUGGUGAACUUUAAGAAAAGACGGCUGGCUGGUGUGGGUUCGCCAGAACACUCCGCCAACGACACACCCCAGUGCAACAACACGCAGUCAUCGAGCACAUCCAGCACCCACACCCAACCGUCUGCGGCCGAUAGACUCGCCCAGAUGCACCAGGAAGUGCUUUCGCUACGUUCAGCCCUUUCGACAUCCGAAGCACGCGCGCAACAGGCCACGCGGACGCUGCAUCGUGAAAAGGAGCGGUAUACAGAGGAAACAAACACGCUACAACGGCUUAUUGAGGAGAAAAGUGCCAAAGCACAAGAGGCCACAUCUGCAGCCGACAACAUGCGCGUCCAGCAUGAUCUGGCUGUGCAACGGUAUAACAACAUCCGAGAACAGUGUGCUGCUGUGGAGGAACAGCUCCGUCAAGUUUCACAAAGGGCGGAGCAAGAACAGCGGGAGCUGGAAAGCAAGACAGCCGCAGUGAAACAAGAGAUGAAGGAGCUGGAGUCCAGGCACAGUCGCAAUGUAUCUGUGCUCAGCCAGAGUCUGUCUAUCAACACUCAGAAGUCACGCCUCGCUGAACAGGGUGUGCAUGGGUUAGCAGAGGAGCUGUCUGCGUACCUUACGAAAACUAAGCAUGACGUUCACUUGGCCAAUGAGAACGCUGACUUGAGGCGCGAGAUUGCACGCCUGAAGGGUGACGGUGGGGAGAAAGGAAAGGGUAUCGGUUCUGCAACACUUGAAAAUACGAGCACUUCUACACCCAGCACAGGAAACUCGUCCGAAGCCGACCGGGAGAUGAUCACCAUGCUGCAACGAGAGGUCAAAGAUUAUCGUCUGCUAGAAGUGCAGUUCAAGCGGUUAAAGAAGGAAAACGAGGCACUGAAAGCAAAGUCCGAUAGCGAUGUGAUACUCAAUACCAAGAUUAGAGAUCUGGAGUCGGCCGUGCAGCGGUCUCGGGAGAGGGAAGAGCGAAUGAUUGCGGACCAGGUGCGAUACAAAGGUCUCAUUGCAGAUAGCCAGGAGGGGGGUUACUUAGAAACGGCCAUCAAUUCAAUUCUGCAAAGCACUGCACAACUCAGGGCCGAGAAGGAGGGACAGGACGAGACAUUAGACAGAUUGACAUCGCGGCUGGAUGGGCUGCAACAACUGAUCACCGCCCAACGCGCGCAGUUGAGCGAAGCCUCGGACAAACACCAGAACGUCGGCAAAGAGCUCAAGGACCUGAAAACCAAGUUCGGGACUCUUCAAAGGCGGUCGGAUUUCUACAAAUUAGAGAUUAGGGGCUUGCAAGAUAUCAUCAAGUCGUUUUAUGCACAGGAUAAGGUGUUCGGACAUAACAACGAGACGUACGAACUGCACGCUAACAAACUCCAAGAGACCAUAGACGGCUUGAAUAAGGCCCUAGAUGAGCAGCGCGACAAUGUUGUAUCGAUUACAUCCGAACGAGACGAUGCAAAGCGUGAGAACACGCAACUGAGCGAGGAAUUGCGCAGGGAAAAGGACAAGACCGUGCUAGAGGCCCAAACGCUACAGCUGACGGCCUCGACUGCAUCAGCGAGUAUGCGUACCAAAGAAGCCGAUGUGGAUGUUGCCGCACUGCGAAUGAAACUCAAUCAGGCGACCGUGCAACUCGCCAAUGCGAAAGCCGUCCUCCAGCUUAGACAGUCGCACAACCCCGCAACCAGCAGCGGCACUCCGGCCACUGACUACGACCCGCGCACAACCAAGGUGAUACACCUGCGCCACAACCCCGUGUCAGACAGUCUAGCCAGGUGUCAGGAGGAACUACAACACGAAGUAGUGCGGCUGACCCAGGAGUUGACUCGUGUGGAGCAGUCCGUCGGCAGCAGUACGCACACGGCAGCAGCGACCGCUGUACAGAUUUUGGAUGAAAACAAAGCUCUCCGCGAGCAGCUCAAGACCGCAAACAACCGCAACAACGUCAUUAAAGAGAUGUUUGCCAAGAAGUUCAGUCACUUCCGUGAGGUGGUGUACACACUGUUUGGAUUCAAGAUUGACAUGGAUGAAUUGCGUCAAUACAAAUUGCUCUCUAUCUACGCCGAGUCAAAAAGAGACUACCUGCUAUUUAAGGGCUCCGAAGAGAAUGGGCGCGUCGAUUUGCUCGAAUCCGAAUACUCAAAGCACCUGAGUCACAACAUCGCGGCUUAUCUAGGACAGUGUCGAUCGUAUCCAGCAUUUCUCAGCACAAUAACGCUGGAACUGUUCAAUAAUCAAACUUUCCGGAGUUGACGGUCCGAGCUAAGUAUAUAAACAACGAGUACAAGCGUAGAUCCAUGCGCAGUAACCAGGAAUCAUCGACACAUGAUGAACCAUUCAGUAUGAAUGAACAGUUCAUAUUCCAGAAGCGCAUAUCACAAAGGUGUUUGUAGUGUAUUUUCACCGACUCCGCGCACGAGCUGGACAGUAUCCUAGGCACUAAGGGAUGUGUUCCGUGUCUCACAUCU